AUGUUAAGGCCAGCGGCAGCCCUUCUUGGUAGUCUGCAAAGACAACGAAAGCUCCCAUUUGGCAGCGAUUGCUACCGACAUUGGCGGUAUCUCCCUUGCUCCCUUGGAAUCAACCGUGGCUGCGUCAGAAAUGUUGUGACUCUGUUAGAAGAACCUCCGUUGGACUCUCCGAUUCCGGAGCGUCCUUGUACGGUUGCCUUGGUACAAGACAGCUUGUAUGGUCCUGCUUCAACAUCAUUGUGGAAGGCACAACUGCGAUCAUUGGUUCCCACGGAGUUUGGCAUGUCUUUUGCAAACCUCGAUCUUAGUCACGAACAGGAGAAACAACAAGGUUUGCUUGCAUUGGAUGCUCUUCAGAGCGACCUAUUGCAAAUGGAGACUCCGCAAGUCGUCCUGAUUGCUAGAGGGCCACUUGUGUCUUGGUGGGCCCAGCUUUACUUGGAAUCGUUCUCCUUGGCGGGCCUCGUGCUGGUGGAUCCAUUAGUGCCUGUUGGAGAUACCGGUAUGGGGACUGUUAUUGACGCUGACGCUGCCACCAACCAAGCUUUUCAAUAUGUCGCGGACGAAGCUCGCAAGAAUGGCAGUUCCAAUUAUCUGCAAAAUAUCUCAUCGCUCUUCUUCUCCAAGAAACGUCAAAGAGGUCUCUUACUCGAACCGGGGGCGGUUCCAAUGAUGGUGCUUUCCACGCAUCCCUUCCUCUCUGAACCGGCUCAACAAACCGCGGAAAGACACCGAAUAGUUUAUGACGGACAGGACAGAGAAGAUCCUAGCAACCCGAUGUUUCACCUUGGAGAUGUCCCUGUCAUAAGCAUGGAUUUGGGGGAAGACAACGCUGGAGGGAGCAGAGUCGACCCUCUGCAGCAAUGCUUUCGUGAUACCAUUGGCCCUUGGAUCGAGAAUCAAGUGCUGUAG